AUGCUGCCCCUGCCAAGAAGCAGCCCCCACCAUAAAGGCAGCAAGCAGGCCUCACGUCCAUCCCCAACCAAGCCUCCUGUGAAAGCCCCCGUUCCCACCAGUGCUGCUGUUGAUGACGAUGAUGACCUGCCCCCUGAUCCCCCCGAGGUGCCCGCUACCGAGCCGCCGCUGCAGCCCAUCCUGGUGGACCUCUCUCCCCGAGCAGCCGUGGCCCCAGCCGAGGCCCCUGCUCCUAAGCAGCCCAUCGUGAAGAAUGACAAGGGGUCCGGAACAGAGUCUGACAGCGAUGAGUCUGUACCAGAGCUCGAAGAGCACGACUCCACACAGGCCACGACACAGCAGGCACAGCUUGCAGCAGCAGCUGAAAUAGAUGAAGAACCUGUUAGCAAAGCAAAACAGAGCCGGAGUGAAAAGAAAGCACGGAAGGCAAUGUCUAAACUCGGCCUCCGCCAGGUGACAGGAGUAACCAGAGUCACCAUCCGCAAAUCUAAGAACAUCCUCUUUGUCAUCACAAAACCAGAUGUGUACAAGAGCCCAGCAUCAGACACCUAUAUAGUCUUUGGAGAAGCAAAGAUUGAAGACUUGUCCCAGCAGGCCCAGCUGGCAGCUGCCGAAAAGUUCAAAGUGCAAGGAGAAGCUGUGUCAAACAUCCAAGAAAACACACAGACCCCCACCGUGCAGGAGGAGAGCGAGGAAGAAGAGGUUGACGAAACCGGAGUGGAGGUGAAGGAUAUCGAGCUGGUCAUGUCCCAGGCCAACGUGUCCCGAGCAAAGGCAGUCCGUGCCCUGAAGAACAACAGCAACGAUAUCGUAAACGCUAUAAUGGAGUUGACGAUGUAGCCGUCCAGAAGGAGGA